ACUCCCCCCACGUCUUCCUAUUGCCCGUAGUAGCCAUGGCGGCUAUGAGCUUGCUGCGGCGGGCUUCGGUCACUGCGGUGGCCGCUCUCUCUGGCCGCCGCCUUGGCAUUCCACUUGUGUUCGGGGGCUUCCUUACGCGUGGCUUUCCGAAGACUAUUGCUCCUGUGAGACACAGUGGAGACCAUGGGAAAAGACUGUUUGUUAUCAAACCUUCUAGAUUCUAUGACAAGCGGUUUUUGAAUUUACUGAAAUUCUACAUUUUGUUGACUGGGGUUCCAGUGGUAAUUGGCAUAACUCUGGUGAAUGUAUUCAUUGGUGAAGCUGAGUUAGCAGAAAUUCCCGAAGGCUAUGUACCAGAACACUGGGAGUAUUACAAGCAUCCUAUAUCAAGAUGGAUUGCCCGAACAUUCUAUGAUAGUCCUGAAAAGAAUUAUGAACGAACAAUGGCUAUCCUUCAGAUUGAAGCUGAGAAGGCUGACUUACGGUUACAGGAGCUGGAAGUACGAAGAUUAAUGCGUUCAAGAGGCGAUGGUCCCUGGUUUCAAUAUCCAACCAUUGAUAAGGAGCUUAUUGAUUAUUCUCCAAAAGCAGAUCCUGACAACUAAUUUUUUAUGUCUAGUAAAUACAACGUAUAUUCUCUUUAUGGGAAAAUGAAGUAAUAAAUAUAGUCUGUAUUUUUGCUCAGAGUGAUGAAUAAAAGAUCCUCUUCCAUUGC